AUGACUAUGGAAACCGGAAGCGGACUGGUACAGGUCCGAAAGCGAGCACAUCUGAGCCAAGAUGCGCCCACCGAUGGUCCUACCGCGGCUCCUAAACGCCAACGCAUUGUCGAAACCGACCCCGCCGUUAUCUUGCAGACUCUGGCCGAAGCCAAGUCAACGGGUAUCAAUCAACACGGAAUCUUGGUUCACCUACAGCCAAGCAUCGCAGAACGUGCACACAUUGUGGAGCAGAUUUCGUCUCUUGAGGACGGACCCCUGAAGCAAGCUUUGCUGGGAGCACUCCAGCCUCAGGCUCUCCUGAACGUCCCAGAACAGCUUGUCCUGGCCAACAACACAGCCGCCAAUCUUGUAUCUGCAGUUCUGGACUACCAGUUGCGCAUCCAGCACCCUGGAACUUCCAAUGGGGGCGACAUGGUGCUCAGGCGCCUCCAGGUCGUGCUUCACCGUGACGACCUCGAGCAUAUCGAGGGCGUGAACCGAGAAUUCCUCAUUGACAUGAUCGUUGAAAUGGCCCUGCAGUGGGGGGACGUGCGAUGGCGAACCAUGGACGACCACGGCAUCAGGGCACAGGCUCAGCGGCCACAGGGAGAGCAUCAAGGUGCCGAGCUGGUGCGGGCGCCAUGGCACAUUCGGCGGUUUAUCAACGCUCUGGUCCACGGCGGAAACCUUGGUCACGACGCGACCUAUCUCCUGCUGAAUCUGCCCGUCAGGUAUGACCACGGCCGGCAUGGUGUUGAAAGUAGCAGCAGCAGCAGCAGCAGCAGUAGCAGCAUAACCACUUCGGAAAGACAAGAGGGAUUCGACAAAUUCGAGCUCAUGUACACCCUCGAUGCAGACCAGGGGCUCUGGCUGGCGCAAAGGGCUUGGCUGCAGAAGAGGACAGAGGAUGAGGAAGGUUUCGGCGCCGGCGAGUUUGUCAGGACGGUCAGAUUGAUCAACCGCUUUGUGUCAUGGUAUCGCAACCCUCUCUACAUGAGCGCUAGGGGACUGAAGCGGUGUAACGUAAUCGACACUGAGGAUGUAAAGAAGGCCUGGAUCGAAUUCAUCGAGGUGGUCAACGUCAUCUGCCGUGAAAGACAAGCGCCGCUGAGCGGAAAUAUGGCGAGGGACUUGCGCGCAAAGUCAAGGGCCUUAGUCUCCGAGUGUCAGCAGCUGGAAGGUUGGGCAAGGGGAGAGGAGUUGCCCAGGUGGGAGGUCGCUCAGGUGGAGCAUCUCGUGGAGGUUAUGGAUGUUGCAGAUUUUGAGUGA